AUGGACAACGAGCCUCGGCAAGUGGGCUGCAACGGAAGCGGUUGGCCAAUCUUUUCCACCUCCAAUGAGGAUGAAUACCUCCCUGCUGAGAGGGAGGGCGAAGUGAAGCACGAUUUAGAAACUCCACCUCCUUCGUUACGGAGCUGGGUUACCGAGGUGUCUCAGGGCCCAGCUGCAGCCGCAAUUUCCAACAUUGAGCGCCGCCUGGCUUCAAUGGACCAGGGAAUAAAUGGCCGAUUAAAUAUUAUGGAUGGCCGACUGGCUGUCCUGGAGGGUGCUGUUCUCAGGCAACCGACAACAACGGCUGCGAUGACGACGUCCCGCAUAGUAGCGUGCCCAGUUUCGUCGCCUACAUCGUCCCUGGGCGAUUCCGAGGACUCGGAGAUAAGAGUCGCAUACAAUAAAUAUCUGGAGCAGACGGUAUAA